AUGUCUUUCUGCCUCAGUAAAGCGAACACUAUUCCUAUUAAUAGGGCCAAUUCAUGCUUUGACCCAGUAGAUAACCAACAUAGCGAAAGAGAUGAUGAUGGUGAAUACACAGGACGGUUUAGUAAAAUACGGUGGUUAUACUCAUUACUAACAAGUUCACCAUCUGACUUAUUACUGAUACUCCAUGAAAAACUAGAAUUAAUAGACUGGGAUACUAAAUCAGAGACAGUUGCCAGACCAUUAGGAAAUAUACUUACAUUUUCUUUUUUCCUAAUAAGGUUUCUGCAAGAUACAUUGAUUUUCCCCAAUUAUCAUAAAAUAUUUAGGAAUUCUGAUGCCUUUGAUUUGUCUAAGUCAGGUACAAUUAAGAAAUAUGAAUUUUUAGAACAGUAUGCUCUUCCAACGAAUAGAGGAAAAACAGAACUGUCUUCGUUUUGGUAUCUCACUGUAUUAAAAAAUUUAAGUUAUCUAUUUAGAAUUGGUUUGUUUCUGUUAGCAAUUCUUAACGUAUAUUUGGCAUAUAUCUUUUUCUGGGGGAAUUAUAAAGUAUACUCAAUCUUCAGGAAUAAAUCAGAUCUAUCUUUGAAGUCGCCACACCUGACUAAACAUUCAUUGAAAGUUUUGACAGAUGAUUCAUAUUUCAUAGAGAACGCUAUCCAGGGAUCGUUAUGGGGUCUCAUAAAAUGUUAUAUAUUCCAUCACUCUUCAUUUGAAAAUGAAAACCGGAAUGAAAAUGAUCAAGAUGUUUAUCUCCAGUUGAGAAGAUGGGUGCCUUCCGAAUUCAUUACGACUUUAUUUGUAUCAUUUUCUCCACUCUGUUUGGUGUUUUUAUAUCUCUCCGUUGUUUCAUUUAUUACAAUUGUGCCUGUCAUCUUUCAUCAGGUAUUCCUACAUUAUUUGAUCUUAAACUGUUAUAAAUAUGCCCUUCGAGAUAAUGCAAUCAUUUCAGAGGUAACCAUGGACGAGUAUGUUACCAAUUAUGUCACCCCUAAGAAUUCUGUAAAAUAUCAGGACGUUCUAGUCGAUUCUACACCAGAUGGUGCUGGUUAUGUUCAGUUUUCUCCGGCAUUAUCGUCAAUAAGGUCUCCUAUCUUUAAAACGCAUUCGCUGAAGGGAGAGGUUAUAAAUGAGAGAUUUGAUUACAACAAAAAUGAAUUUGAGGACUUUGAUAAUGGAAUCAAUGAGAAAACUCACAAUAUAAUUAGAACACCACAUUUGUCCAGAUUCUCUGGCAAAUAA